AUGAACGGUGGGUUCCGCUUUGCCUCCUAUUAUGGCGAUCACAUGGUUCUGCAGAAGGCCCCAGAGAGGGCUGUGUUGUGGGGCUAUGGACCCGAUGAUGCUGAGGUCACAGUCUUUCUAUCAGGAGGACCAGUCACUAACAAUGCACCUGCUGUCAGUGUGGCUGCCGGGAUAUGGAAGGUGGCCCUUGUCCCAAUGGAAGCUGGCGGUCCCUACAACUUGACUGCAGUCCUCCAGAACAACCACAGUAUCACUCUCACAGAUGUGCUGUUUGGGGAUGUCUGGCUGUGUGGGGGACAGAGCAACAUGGCUUUCACAACUUCUCUGGUGUUCAAUGCAUCAGAGGAGCUAGCUCUGGUCUCCAAGUUCCCUCAGGUGCGGAUCUUUAUGGCUGCCUUGGAGCAGAGCUACACUGAGCUGACUGACCUGGCUGGAGUGGAGGUGCCCUGGUCUGUCCCCACAGCAAAGUUGCUGGGUGGUGGGGAUUUCAAGCACUACUCUGCAGUGUGCUGGAUGUUUGGGCGCCACUUGUACAAGGCGCUGAAGUACCCCAUCGGCCUAGUGACGUCCUGCUGGGGAGGCACACCUGUAGAGGCAUGGUCCUCCCCACGAGCACUCCAACACUGUGAACUGGACAGGAUUAACAGGAUCCCCAUGCCAUAUACACCUUCAAUGUAUUUGUCUAAGCAGACUAACUCUGUGUUGUGGAAUGCCAUAAUCCAUCCACUCCUCAAAAUGACCUCUGGUACCAAGGUCUCUACGUAUAGAAAGGCCUCCUUAAGUGAGGGAUUUCCAAACAUACGCUGGCACCAGACUGCAGACUAUGGCUUUGCUCCCAACCUGCGUAUGAAGAACACAUUCAUGGCUGUUGCUAUGGACUUAGGAGAUGAAAUGUCUCCUUUUGGCAGUAUCCAUCCCCGGGACAAGCAGGACGUGGCCUAUAGACUGUCUCUAGGGGCGAGAGCUGUGGCUUAUGGGGAGGAGGGUGUCUCAUUCCAGGGGCCUUUCCCUAGCCGGGUCCUGGUCAAUGACCAGUAUAUCAACGUAACCUAUGACCAGAGAGUGUCUGUCACUCAAUCCAAAGAUAUCUUUCAGAUUUGCUGCUCAGUGGUGAGGGCACCCUGUGACUCUCUGUCACUGUGGGUCCCAGCUCCCAUACUGCAGUGGGGCCUUAGCGCCGUCCAAGUGUCCACGAAUUACUGUUCCAUGAAUAAUGUAGCCGGCCUGCGCUACGCAUGGAGGGACUGGCCUUGUGACUUUAAGGCAUGUCCUGUUUACAGUGCUGAUGGGGUUCUACCUGCACCUCCCUUCACUCUCAACCGCUGGCCAGACAAGCAGUGAGAUGAGAACCCCCCUCUGCUAGAAAUGGAUUAGUC